CGCCAGUGCAUCACAGGCAGCACAGAGACACACAGGAAAGACAACCAUGCAGGCACAGACUCGAUGGCAGUUUAGAGAGAACACUUUACCUAGCAGUAACGUUUUUGGCAUGUGGGAGGAAACUGGAAUACCCAGAGAGAAACCAUGCAUGCACACGGAAAUAUACGCCACUGUGCAGCUCCAAACCUUUACAUUACUCAGGAAAUGGAAAGGAAGGAAAGGAAACAGGACGGAGAAAGCAGUGACACUACUCUAAACUUCAUCUCCCAUAAUGCACGGCAGCGGUGAAAGGAAAUACAUCCUGUUUCAGAGUUCAACAUGCGGGUUUUGGUUUAAAAAUCUCCGUGUAGCAUGUGGUUGGUUUUAACGACACAUUCCUCCUCUCUGUAGUUUUCUAUUUAUUUGUUUCUCUUCGGUUUGAUCAUGUCUGUGAACGCAUCACAGCUGGACCUGAACCAGCUGAUCUACCGCCAUUUGAAGGAGCACGGUUUCCUUUCAGCUGCAGAGGAGCUCCAGAGGCACAGCCCACAGGAGGAGGCAAACCCAUCCGUGUCUUUAUUGGACAUCUACAAAUCAUGGCUAAAGGACCCGAAAAAGAAAAAGCGUCCUAACUCAGCAAAAUGCUCCAAAUCUGGACAAGAAAAGACUUCUUCUAAAGCCACGUCAGGAAGGAAGAUGGAUAAAACCGUUAAAAACCCAGCAUCACCAAAGAAGUCCGUUAGAGCAAAAAGGAAAAAAACGGAUGAAACGCCAGGUCAAAGUGUUGUUAAAGCAAAGAAAUCUAAGCUUAACACAACAGAGAAAGCUGCUGCUGAUGGAUCAGACUCCGACAGCAGUCUGGAUGUGGAAAAGUGGAAGAAACUGCUCGACCAGUUGACAGAAGCCGAUGUAGCCAAGAUGGAAACCAUCAACGCUCUGUUCUCCUCUGAACCCCAACCCGAGAAAAAGAGAGUCAGAAAGCCGCGAGCCAAACCUCUAUCCAAAACUGAUGCUCCUGUCCAGCAAAAUGUUGUGACAACUGGACAGAAUGAAAAGAUUGAAGAGAAAGUUGUGACACAGACACCAGCAAAGAAGGGCAGGAAAGAAAAUGCAGCGCAUGUGUCCACCACAGGCACGCUGAGCCCAAAUAAAAGAGGAAAAACACCUGAAAAACAAACACAAUUACAAGAUAUGGUCGUCCCUGUAAAUACCCAGGACAAUAAAACUGAUGAAAUGGCACCCGAACCCAAGAAAAAGAAGAAGGAAAACGAGGAGACUGAAGGGAAUGCAAAUGAGACCAAUGGUGAUGGAAAAGACAGGAAGCAGAAGAAAAGGAAUGGAAUCACUGAGCAGGAGGAUGUUGAUAAGACAGAAGAAAAGACUGAAGAGAGCAACAGAAACACUGAGAACAUUUCUGAGUUAGGUUUACAGAAAAAGAAAGCAAAAAAAAAGGAAAAAGAGAAAACCAGGAGUGAGGAAGAAUCAGCUCAAAUAGAUGAAAAGAAGGAGAAAAAGGUGGCUGAUAACGAAGCUGCUUCAGCACAACUAGUUCAAGAAAUAAAACCAAAUACAAAUGCAAAUAAGUUUGGAAGCAACAAGAACUCUGAGCAAAAUGUUCAGGAUAAAAAAGCAAAGAAAAAGAAAGAAAAAAAUUAUGUUGAUGCAAAUUUAGAGCAGGUACCUAUGGCUGAGGUACAUGACAUAAAGCAAAAUGUUGAAGAAAAAGAAAAUUCUGAGAAAAUAGGUAAGAAAAAGAAAGCAAAGGAGAAAAAAGGGAAAACCACUAGUGAGGAAGAUGAAACCCAAAUUCAUGAAAAAAAGAAGAACAAAAUGCUUAAUAAUGAGGGGCAUUUAGAACAGGCAGACACAAAUGUAGAACAAACCGCAACAAAUACAAAUGAAGCUGGAAACAACAAGAAAUCCGAGCAAAAUGUUCACAGAAAGAAAGCAAAGAAAAAGAAAGAGAAAAACAAUAUGGAAGGAAAUUUAGAGCAUGCAACUGUAGCAGAGGAAAAAAACAACAAACCAAAUGUUGAAGUCAAAGAAAAUUCUGAGCAAAUAUGUGAGAAAAAGAAAGCAAAGGAGAAAAAUGAAAAACCCAGUAAUGAGGAAAAUUCAACCCAAAUUCAUGAAAAGAAGAAGAAAAAGAUGCUUAAUAAUGAAGAGCAUUUAGAACAGGAAGACACACAUGUAGAACAAACCACAACAAAUACAAAUGAAGCUACAAGCAACAUAAAAUCAGAGCCAAAUGUUCAGGGAAAGACAGCAAAGAGAAAGAAAGAAAAACACAAUAUGGAGGUUAAUUUAGAGCAUGCCGCUGUAGGAGAGGGAGAAAACAAACCAACUGUUAAAGACAAAGGAAAUUCAGGACAAAAUGGUUCAGAAAAGAAAGCAAAGAAGAAGAAAAAAGAGUCUGUUAUCAGCAAAGAAUCGCCAGAGGAAGAAGUGCAAGAAAAGAAAGCAAAAAAGAAGAACAAGAGGUCUGAUAAAGACCAUUUAAAUGAAGAUGAUCAUACAGACAAUACAUCUACAUUAGAGACAUCUGAGUGGAGCCUGGAGACUACAAGUCCUCCAAAAAAGAAGAAGAGAAAGAAAAACAAAUUAAAAUUGGACGAGGUCCCAGAUGAAGAACAAAAAGAUUUCUCAACAACACAAGCCAACUCAGCUGACGUCCACAACAAGGGAAUAGAAUCCAAGAGCACCAAGUCCUGAGAAGAACCAACUCCUUAACCUUGUAGCUCAGAAAGAAGCCACACAUAAUUCCUGUCCCAGUCUAAUUAUAACUACAUGGGCAGAAGGACCCCAUGAAAAACUGUAAAAAGAAAUUGAGUUUUUUAUUUUUGGUAAGUUUUACUUUUUUAAUUAUUUUUUAGGCACUCUAACAAGUACAGGUGUUUUUACCACAUGCAUUGUUAGUGUCAGGAAUUUCCCUGAUCAGACACCUAAAUGAAUUCCCUGAACCCAGAGUUCACUUUAUAUGUUGAUUCAAGGACUGGCGUGUCUCUGUACAUUUUUACCGAAUUGUUGAUAGUUACUCCUACCCCAGAGCUCUACUGUUUAACAUAUUUUGUGGACAAGAAAAACAUCAGUAAAAUGUUUUUAUUAACUGUAUUUAUGAAACGUUUUAUGAUUGUUUUGACUGUUUUGGGUUUAGGGUAUUUUGAAAAAUGUUGCAAGAUUUUAUUACAACUUUUUUAGCGUGUAUUGCACAUAAAUGAUUUUAAUACAAAUAUGCAUCACAAUUUUGUGAUAGACUGUAUUUAUCUUCCCUCUAGUGUCAUACCAUUUAGAACAUGAGAACAUGUGUAUGGUAGAAAUUUUACCAAUUAGUUCCUGCUGUAGUAAUUGCAGCAAGCUGGGACUCCUCCAUGGUCGGGGGCGGCUGGCGGGUUGUGCUGAGCUUGGGGCGGUUGGUCAGCCCGGCCCGGAUACCCGGCUGGUACAUGUCCAUCUCUCAUGGACAGGCUGGCUGGGGCUGCUGCCGUUGGCCAGAUGGUUAGGUGGGCUUGGCCUCCAUUGGUUAAUAAAUUUGAUUUCCUUUGA